UCAGAUCGAUAUUUAUCGCUCGUUUAAGAGAUCGAUCGACUUAGCAAAAAGAUCGAUCGAAAAGAUCGAUCACCACUGUGAUCGAAAAUCGCCCAUCUCUAGUUGCCCAAACACUAACCUGGAAUACUCUUUGGCUUAGCUCUCUCUUUACCACGUGUUUACCAUGCCUCUGUUUCCAAACAAACAUUGAAUUUGGUUGUUGUGUUGUUUUUGUUAAACUCUUGGACUUGAGUUAUUCAUUAAGUUGAUUAUAUUUUUUACUCUUUUUAGAUCGUUAAUUUAUCUUCAAUUUAGUUGUAAGCAACUGGUGCUAUUCUGUUUUGUGAAAAGAUAGGAUGAAAUUUUUUUACAAAUUUGCCAAUCUAUUUGGCAGUGUUUACAAUCGUGGAGACCUCAAUUUUGACCCAAAAGGAUCGUGUCUUUACAGCCCUUGUGGAAAUAAGAUUGUUCUUUAUGAUCUUAAGAAUGGACGAAGUCGAGCUCUAUCAUUUCAAUCCGAAUAUAAUGUCAAUCAUCUAACGAUUUCCCCGAAUGGAAGACUCUUAUUAGUAUCAACAGAAAAAUGUCAACUAUACAUGGUUUCUCCAAUCACUGGUUACAUUCUUCAUCGUAAAGAUUACCAGAAAACUGCUAAAGCAAUCAAUGGAAUACAAUUUAGUUCAGAUGGUCGAUAUUAUGCGUUAUUAGUUGACAAUAAAGCCUUAAUUUAUCUAACUCCAGGAAUAGCUUUCACCGGCUCUGGACGAGAGUUAUCUCCUUUCAAAAUUCACAAAGUUUUGAAAGCACAUUAUAGUGAUACUACAUUUGUUGCUUGGAGUCCGGAUUCGCAAUUGGUAGCCGUCGGAAGUAAAGAUACUACAGUUAAAGUAUUCGGAGUUAGCCGAAGUCAUCCAAAUAUUCCAAUGUUGAUUAAUUUAGCUGGGCAUUCAGAUGAGCUCGUUGGUGGCUACUUUGGAUCAUUUUCUCAUGAUGACUUAUCUCUUAUUACAAUUAGCAAAAAUGGUCAAUGUUUUGUUUGGGAAGCAUCUUAUAGUACGGAUGACUUAAAAAGUAUAGAACCCAGAGAAGAUAAACUCAAUUUCUCUCGAUCUGGAAAACAUUAUUUUAAUGAUGCUUUGAAGUCUAACGCUUCUCAUGUCUAUGUUUCAUCAACUGCAUAUAACGCUCAAAUUCAUCUACUAGUCACUGGUUUCACAAAUGGGUCGGUUCUUCUACAUGAUAUGCCUGAUUUUAGUUUAAUAUAUAGUUUAGAGUUAUCCAAUUUAGGAAGCAUCGAUGGAAUCACGAUUAAUAUGGAUUCUGAUUGGAUCGCUUUUGCAUCUGGUGUUAAACCCCUAACUGCGUCUGAUUUAGAAUCAGAAAAAUUGACCCAAUCCCAACUUUUCGUUUGGGAAUGGCGAACAGAGACUUUUAUAUUAAAACAAAGUGGAACUGGUUCUGGUUUUACUCAUAUCACUGAAUGUUUAUCUUAUUCACCUGAUGGAAGUUACUUGGCCACAGGAGGAACCGAUGCCAAAGUCCGUGUAUGGGAUACAAUAGGAGGAUUUUGUUUUGUUACUUUCAGCGAGGAACAUAAAGCACCGAUAACCGCUGUUGAAUUUCAACCCAAUUCUGGAGGCAAAGUUCUUAUCUCAGCCUCAUUGGAUGGUACUGUUAGAGCUUUUGACCUCAAUCGAUAUCGAAACUUUCGAACUCUCGCAGCACCUUCAGCAUCUAAACCUGCACAAUUCAUCAGUUUAGCUGUUGAUUAUAUUUCGAGUGAUUUCAUAGCAGCUGGAGCCCAAAAUUUUUUUGAAAUAUUCUUGUGGUCACUUAAAACUGGGCGACUUUUGGACUGUCUUACUGGACAUGAAGCUCCUGUCUCUGCUGUCAAAUUUUCCCCUACCAACAAUAUUCUUGUCUCAUGUAGUUGGGAUAAAACUGUUAGAACUUGGAAUUUAUUUGAAGGAGCUAAUUGCACCAGAGAAGUUUUACAAUUAGGCUCAGAUGCUAUUGGUCUAGCUUAUCGCUUGGAUGGGAAUCAAAUAGCUGUAUCAACAAUCAAUGGUAAUAUUUACUUCUUCUCUCCUGAAUCAGGAGAAAUGUUAGGAGCACCAAUCGAGGGUAAACACGACCUUGGUUUAGCCAAAACAAAUGAAGAGGAAAGUGGAGAUGAUGAUAAACACUUCAACUCUUUAUGUUAUUCAAUUGAUGGACAAUACAUCCUCGCUGGUGGACGAUCAAAGCAUUUAUGUCUCUAUCAUGCUCCAGAAAAAUUAUUGGUCAAAAAGUUCACUUUAACUUGUAAUAAAUCACUAGAAGGUAUUUUUGAUUAUAUAAGUAAACGAAAAAGAGCGGAAUUUGGAUUUAAUGAAGCUCUCAUCAAGGCUCGAGAAGAAGGUGAUUUCGCUCCAGUUAGACUUCCUGGUGUUAAAAGAGGAGACUUAGGCGAUAGAUCAGUUAAUCCUAUUGUUUCUGCUUAUUCAUUACAAUUUUCACCCACCAUGAGAGCUUUUGCAGCAGCAACUACUGAAGGUAUUCUCAUUUAUUCAUUGGAUACUGUCGAUUACUUCGAUCCUUAUGAGCUUGAUGAGGGAAUCAGCCCUCUUUCAGUUAAAGAAUCUUUGGACAAUCAGCAAUAUGCAGACGCUUUAAUGCAAUCGUUGAAAUUGCGAGAUCAAAAGUUAUUCACAAUGGUCAUUGAAUCAACACCAAUUAAUUCAAUAGACUUGACUGUUAAAAGCUUACCCGUAAAGUACAUUGAAAUGUGCCUUUCACUAUUGGCUACAGCAUUGGAAAGUACAGCUCAUAUUGAAUUUUAUAUUCUAUGGUGUCAAUCAAUUCUUCGCCAGCAUGGACUAACACUGAAGGCAAAUUAUUCCAAUGCAUCUCAGAUGUCCGCUACAUUCCGUCUUCUUCACCGAGUGAUUACUCGUUGGUCUGAUGAUCUUCAAAAAGUAGCUGAUUUGAAUAAGUAUCGUCUAAUGUUAAUCCAAACAUUUGGUGAUACUCAUAAUUUACAAGAAAUAGACUCGCAAUAAAUCAAGACGAUCAAAUACUCCCCUUGUGAACAAUACACCCCAUUGCCAGAGGCUCUGCAACACUGAAAAGCACACUGAUCUCUUUAUCUAUAAAAGAUUCAUGAUAAAGCCGAUUCAAAGACAUUUUGCCACUAAAGCUUUUGAGCUAAAUCUUUUUAAACACUUGAAAUUUCUCUGACUUCAGCAAAGGGUAAAAUUUCAGCAAAAUAUUUGAUUCUUGCUUUGUAAAUCUUAUCUGUAUGAUUUUCAUGAUAAAGUUGGCCUAAAAAUUGACAAUAUUACACUCGAUGAACUGUUAAGACACAGUAAAAUUAUCUUACUAUUUUUGUUCAAAUUAAAUAAUAAACUAAUCAUGAAUUCAA